UUGAUCGGUGCUCAGUCUUUUUCUCUUGGCUUUCAUUAGGACAGGCACUCACUUCAGAGUCCCAGCUCCCUUACCUGGUUACCCCGUAAACGGCGUUGUAUUUCAAACCGGUGGACAUGGCAUCUGUUUCGGCACCAUCUCAGACAGCCCCCGCUUCGACUGCUCCUCUGCAAAGAGGAAUUGUGAAAAUGGUCUUGUCGGGCUGUGCCAUCAUUGUUCGGGGCCAGCCUCGAGGUGGCCCACCCCCAGAGCGCCAGAUCAAUCUCAGUAAUAUCCGAGCCGGAGCCAUGGCCCGCCGAGCCGCACAGGGCCAAUCUGACGCCAAGGACACCCCUGACGAGCCAUGGGCCUUCCAAGCCAGAGAGUUCUUGCGGAAGAAGCUAAUCGGCAAAGAGGUGUGCUUCACGGUGGAAAUCAAGACCGCUUUGGGCCGAGAGUACGGCAUGGUCUACCUGGGGAAAGACACAACAGGUGAGAACAUCGCUGAGUCUUUGGUCAACGAGGGCCUUGCCACAGUCCGCAGAGAAGGAAUCAGAGGGAACAAUCCGGACCAGGCCAGACUCUGUGAACUGGAGGACCAGUCGAAGUCUUCCAAGAAGGGCAUGUGGAGCGAGGGUGGCGGAGCACACACCAUCCGCGACGUCAAGUACACCAUAGAGAAUCCGCGCAACUUCGUCGACUCCUUGCACCAGAAACCCAUCAACGCCAUCAUCGAGCAUGUGCGUGACGGCAGUGUUGUUCGUGCCUUGCUGCUCCCCGACUACUACCUGGUCACCGUUAUGCUGUCUGGUGUUAAGUGUCCCACAUUCAAGAGGGAAGGGGAUGGUACAGAAAGCCCAGAGCCAUUCGCAGCAGAGGCCAAAUUCUUCACGGAGUCCCGUCUCCUGCAACGAGAUGUUCAGAUCAUUCUGGAGAGCUGCCCAAACCAGAUCAUACUAGGCACCAUCCUCCACCCGAAUGGUAAUAUAACAGAACUCCUGCUGAAGGAAGGCUUCGCCCGCUGUGUCGACUGGUCCAUGGCUGUUUACACCCAGGGUGCUGAGAAACUCAGAGCUGCUGAACGAUCUGCGAAAGAGCGCAAGGUCCGCAUCUGGAAAGACUAUGUGGCACCCACAGCCAACUUGGACCAGAAGGACAGACAAUUUGUAGCCAAGGUGAUGCAGGUGGUCAACGCCGACGCCAUGGUGGUCAAGCUCAACUCUGGAGAAUACAAAACCAUCCACCUGUCCAGCAUCCGGCCUCCCAGGACCGACGGAGAGGAGAAGAACAAGGACAAAGACAAACGAUUCCGUCCUCUCUAUGACAUCCCCUACAUGUUCGAGGCCCGUGAAUUCCUGAGGAAGAAGCUCAUUGGUAAAAAGGUCAAUGUGACAGUGGACUACAUCAGAGCAGCGACCGGUCCAGGAGAAGGAACGCCCGCCUUCGCAGAGCGCACCUGUGCUACAGUCACAAUUGGCGGCAUUAACAUAGCAGAAGCUCUGGUCAGUAAAGGCCUUGCCACAGUCAUCAAAUACAGACAGGAUGAUGACCAGCGCUCCUCCCACUACGACGAGCUGCUUGCCGCAGAGGCACGGGCCAUCAAGAACGGAAAAGGGCUGCACAGCAAGAAGGAGGUUCCCAUCCACAGAGUGGCUGAUAUCUCUGGGGAGACACAGAAAGCCAAGCAGUUCCUUCCUUUCCUGCAGAGGGCUGGCCGCUCAGAAGCCGUGGUAGAAUACGUCUUCAGCGGCUCGCGCCUCAAGUUGUACAUGCCCAAAGAAACCUGCCUCAUCACGUUCCUCCUCGCCGGUAUCGAAUGUCCACGCAGUUCCCGGAACAUGCCCGGAGGGAUGCAGGUGGCUGAGCCCUUCAGCGACGAGGCCAUGCUGUUCACCAAAGAGCUGGUGCUGCAAAGGGAGCUUUAG